AUGGGGAAGGAGGCAGAAGGGUCUGACACUCUGCUCUCGUCGUGGAAGAACAGCAUUGUGUUGAAAGAAAUUGAGCGACUCUUGACGUUCCUUGAGCAACCAGAUGGAGACCAAGAAAGGAGCGCGCGAGGCGAGAUGGAGUCUCCAGCGGACGUUGAAGGAAGCAGUGUCCUUUCGCCGGACACGCUUGAGUGGCAGCUUCCGGAUUCGCUUGGGGCUGGUAAGGAUAGCCCAUUGGCCGUUGGACCAUCCCCAGUGAGGCCACCUAGACCAACCCCAACACGUUUCGCCAGAGACUCGAGUACUCAAACUAUUCCGAUAAAUGAAUUCGAAGAGCUCACCAUAAACGGCUCGUCUCGCAAUCAAUCCGAGAUUACUUCCAGCUCAGCCCAAGAAGUUUACCAACUUCCCCCCAACCCUUGGCCUUUACUCGACAUAUACUUUUCCUACACACAAUGUUGGUUUCCUAUACUAGAAAAACAUGACAUCCUUCGAACAGCUUUUCGGCAGGCUGACGAUGAUCCAUAUAAUACAUCAUCUGCCUCUGGAGACAACGCGGCAUUGUGGGCGGUCCUUGCACUUGCAUCAAUUCAACAAACGUCAAUAUCAGCCACACGCCAAUUAUCGGACUUACCAGACGACCGGCCAGAUCCCAACCAGUUAUAUGAGAAAGCAAGAAAUCUCAUUCCGACAGAAAGUGGGACUUAUCAGCUUGGGCAUGUCCAGGCACUCUUGAUCCUGUCAUUGAUUAGGCUCGGCCAGCAGGACUGGGCAGCCGGUUGGAUGCUUGUUGGGCAGGCUGUUAGAAUUGCGCAAAGCCUAGGACUAAACGGUUCUCCGAAUGCAGCCACCAAUAUGGAAGAGAAACCCGCCGGGCGGUCCAAACAUGUUUUCUUGGGAUGCUUUGUGCUAGAAACGCUAGUUGCUGCCCAGACAGGUCAGGUGCCUUCACUGCGCAAGAGUGACUUGACGAGGGUUGGGCUAAUCAAUGAAGAUGGCCUGGAAGAAUGGCACCCUUGGGAGGACCAGACUGGACUCCGCCCGAUAGAGUCUUCCCGCUCUUUCCAGCGUGGGCCGCUUCAUGCGCUCAGCACGUUUAACCGGCUGCUGUCGCUGAUGUGCAUCCUUAACGAAUUUUGCUGUUGGAGGCAAAUGCACACAAGCUCUCUAUCUCAUCUAGAGGCACUUGAGCGGCAGUUGCAGCUCUGGGUAUCGGCGCUUCCGAGGAGCUAUCGGAUUGAUUUGCAGACAGUUUCGACUAAGCCGGCAUCGCCACACAUAUUUGGGCUAGAGAUGAUGUACGAGUCUGUUGCGACCGCCAUAAGUCUACAGUUAGCUGUGCACAAAAAUGAUAGAAACGGGGUGCGACGUGCUUCAGAAGGCUCCAAGCGGCUAAUGUCGUUACUACAAGCCUAUAUGGAGACUUACAGCAUUUCAGCUACUUGUCCAACUUUUGGGAUGGCUUUGACGUUAGGCCUCCCACAUGCUGGCGCAAAGGCAACUGCACCCUGGGCUUUUGAAGCUGACCUUGUUGGGGUCAAACAUAAAUUACAGUCAUUCUCUGCCCACCUCGCGACCGUAUGGGUUCAGGAUCAUAGCCCCCAAGCACGGUCAAGGCCGGCCAUGCGGCCAAAUAACUCGAAUCCGAAGAGCCCGCCAGUCCAGAACAUACCCGGAAGCAAUCUGCGCGUAACGAGCUUGAUCGACGAAUCCCGCCCUGUGAAUCUUUCGUCUCCAGAUUCAUACCUCUCACCAACCUGGAUGCGGACGUCCAACGACGAGAACGCUGUUUUGUCUCUACCAACGCCUGCAUCAUCUCUCAACAUUGCCUCUGGCCUCGAGGCACCAAAUCCUGUAAAUCAGCAAAUUUCGCAUCAACAUCGCUCUUCUGUCUCUGGAAGGCCUAAUGGCGCCCCGAUAGUACCUGAUCUAACUAGCCCCUUUUCUGCGACUGGAACGCAGUUUCAACCGACAUAUAACGACGCUAGUAUGAAUUUCAAUUCAUUGCUCGACAUUGACAGCGCAGGCUCACUACGGCGGCCGAGGAUUGCGCCCGAUCUUGAUGCUUUGUUUGACGAGUUAGCGUCGCUUGAUGGGACAGACAGGAUGGACAAUCAACCUGAAUUCAUGCAGAACCUUGGAUUCGUGCCAGAGGCGGGCAUCUCGGAGCUAUAUCCAUAUACGAGCCAUAACGAUUCGUUUCUACUUCCGACACAACAGACACUAGCGUCACCGGAGAGCGCCCUACGACGCGAGCCGCCAUUAGUGACCGAUUCUCUCAAUCCCAGAUGA